CAUAAAGCGGAGUUGCCAGUAGCUAUGGAUUACAUGGUCUGCGGGACAGGACAAAAGACCUCUCUGAAACAUGCUGUGGACAAUAUUCUUACUACUUAGUGGACUGCUCACACUAGUUUUCCUUUACUCCACUCGCACAAGACAGAAUAAUGAGCCUCCUCUGGACCAAGGGUUCCUUCCCUGGUUGGGGCACGCUCUCGAGUUUGGAAAUGAUGCCGCAAAAUUUUUGGCCCGGAUGAAAGACAGACAUGGGGAUAUUUUCACAGUCCGUGUUGCUGGUUUCUACGUGACGGUGCUGUUGGACCCAAACUCUUUUGAUGCCGUGAUGAACGACACGGUCUUCUUGGAUUCCACCAUCGGCAAAAACAAGCUCUUGAAAAAGAUCUUCGGUCUGCAGCUGCCGAGCGUCAGACCUCAAGCGGGGCGCAAGUGGAUGGAACAGCAUUUCCAAGGUGUCAGUCUCUCCAAGCUCAGCGACUCCAUGACUGCUCACCUUCAGAGCCUGCUGCUGAGGAACCAGAGAGAAUUCAACCCCUCCGAGUGGAGGCAGGAUGGACUCUUCGGCCUUUGUUACAGCUUACUCUUCAGGGCCGGGUAUCUCACACUGUUCGAAAGGAGAGACGACGCUUCCGCGGUCUACGAAGAGUUUCGAACGUUCGACCAUCUCCUCGCCAAACUGGCUCGGGGGUCACUCAAGCGAGGGGAAAGCAAGACAGCCGACUCGUGCCGGGCGAGACUGUGGGAGCUGCUGUCCCCAAACUGUCUGAGCGGAGGGUCAGGGUCAAGCUCCUGGCAGCAGAGCUACCGAGGCUUCCUGCAGGAGGAGGGAGUCGAUGGAGAAAUGCAAAAAAGAGCUUUGCUCUUGCAGUUGUGGACCACACAGUGCAACGCCGGACCUGCUGCCUUCUGGCUCCUCGGCUUCCUGCUCACUCACCCCGAGGCCAUGGAGGCCGUUCAAUCCGAGAUCAGAGGCCUGCGGGACACCAACCAGCAGCAUCCCGCCAUCACCCUGCAGGAAGCACACAGCACACCUGUGCUCGACAGCGUUUUGAGCGAGACCCUGCGGCUCACCGCCGCGGUGAUGAUAAACAGAGAGGUGGUGCAGGACAAGACCCUGCUCAUGGCCGGCGGAAAGAAAUACCACCUCAGAAAAGGGGACAGGGUCUGUCUGUUCCCCUACCUCAGCCCUCAGAUGGACCCGCAGAUCCACCAGGAACCACAGAUUUUCAAGUAUGACCGCUUCUUAAAUGACGAUUCCACAGUGAAGGAUGAAUUCUACAAAGAUGGAGAAAAGCUGAAGUACUCCACCAUGCCCUGGGGUGGAGGGAGUAGCACUUGUGUUGGGAAACAGUUUGCUGUUACAGCCAUUAAACAAUUUGUGUUCCUGCUCUUGACCAAUCUUGAUCUGGAGAUGUGUGACCCGAAGGCCAAACUGCCACCAGUUAAUCCCGGCCGCUACGGCUUCGGGAUGCUGCAGCCUGACGGAGAUCUGCAGGUGUCUUUCAGGCUCAAGAGGACACUGCAUGAAAUGUGUGAAUAAUUUGAUUAACUGUACAUAAAAAAAAAAAAAAAUGUUUAUCGAUAAAGCGUUCGUUUUGUGUACUGUUUACUAUUUUAUAUUGAGAGUGAAUAUAUAUAUGUAUCAUAUUUAACUUGUUUGUUAUUAAUAUUUUCAAUAAAGAAUAA